ACACAUCCCUCCCUUCUCACAGAUUUGUGUCGGUGAAUUUGGAUUUUCUCUUUUUGAGUUUUUUUUUUUUUUGGUUUUCCUUCUCUUUCUCUCUCUUUCUUUCUCACAUAUACCUUUGUUGUGUCUCGGAAAAACAUUUCAACGUGUACCCUUAAACACUUGACACAACCGAACUAACAUGCCAUCUCAAAAACUCAACCCUUCCCUUUCCUAGCUCCUCCGAAUCCUCCCUUGUCCUAACAAAAGCCUUUGAAGCAAAAGACACACAAGCCAUAGCUGAGAAACAUAGAAUUUUUGCGAUAAAAAAGCCAUGGAAAAUGGAACAGGAGGAGGAGUGGUUGCUACGAGAGAGAGUGCGAGGAAAUCUACGGAAAGGCCGUACAAGGGGAUAAGGAUGAGAAAGUGGGGGAAAUGGGUGGCUGAGAUAAGGGAACCGAAUAAACGGUCGAGGAUUUGGUUAGGGUCUUACUCCACCCCUGUGGCGGCGGCGCGAGCUUAUGACACGGCGGUUUUUUACCUACGCGGACCGUCGGCUAGGUUGAAUUUUCCCGACCUUUGGGCGGGAGAGAAAGUUGGCGGCGGCUCACUUGGUGGCGAUCUGUCGGCGGCUUCUAUAAGGAAAAAAGCUAUUGAAGUUGGUGCUAGAGUUGAUGCUCUUGAGGCAGCUCAGCAUCACCACCACCACCUUCAUCAUGGUCAUAAUUACAAUCUUAAUCAGAAUUAUAAUCGUAGUUAUGCCGAUGAGUUGAAGCCAAGUGGCUGGUUAUUACAGCGGGUUGACUUGAACAAGAUGCCCGACCCGGAGGAUUCGGAUGGUGAAUGGGAAAGGAAGUAGAAAAAAAAUGAAAAAGAGAAGUUGAUUUAAUCAUGCCCCUCCAAUUAUUAUGAUUGUUAAUCAAGACCAUGAUUACAAAGUUGUAAUUUUUGGUUCUCUCUCUUUUGGCGGCUGUGCUAGAGAAAGGAAGGGAAGGGAGGGCGGUUGCUAACAUGCACCGUGGGCGUUAGCUAACGUGCGCCAUAGUGUGGGAGGAGGUAAGUCCAAGCGACGGCUGAAGAAAUGAUGAAGCCUUUGUAUUAAUUAUUAGUGUAAUGAAAAACCUUUUGUUUUUCUAUUUAGGCACCCCCUUUGUUAUCCUUAUUUUUCUCUUAUAUUUGGGAUUAGAUGGUAAAAGUUUUGGCCAGUGUAAAAAAAAAAAAGGGUAAUUGUAUAUUUGCUCUACUAAUUCUCAUCCUUAACUACUUGACUUCUUUUA